AUGGACUUUGAGUUGGUCGCUCCAGCCGUGCCGCGAUCGCCGCUGGCCACGAGCAGCGCGGACUCGCUGCUCGUGCCGCCUGCCAAUGCGGACGCCAAGAGCGUAAUCGAUGCAAGCCCCCUAAGCUUGAGGCGACCGUCAACCGACACAUUCGGGGGAGACAGGGUUGCCAAGGUAACCGAUGCCGCGGAGAUUGAGGCGCACCGUCAACGAGAGCAGAGAUGGAUCGCUGCGCUGUCUUCGACGACCCCAUCACAGGCACGCAAGACGAAGCGGAUGCGGAAGUUGGUCCAUGAGGGUGUUCCAGCGUCCGUUCGGUACCGGGUGUGGGCGCUCCUCACGGACAGCAAGGCAAAACGAAUGGAGGGUUUGUACGCGCGGUUGGGCCAGAGGGAGAGAAUCGCAUAUAUCUCCAGCAUCGAGCAAGAUGCACAACAUAUUUUCCACGAUCAGCCGUUGCUGGACCAUUCGCUCGUGAACGUUCUCCAGGCUUACCUGACCAUGGUCCCCGACGUGCAGUACACGAAGGGGCUUGCCAUGGUCGCUGGCCAGCUGCUUCUACAGUCUCCUGAGGAGGAUGCGUUCUGGACGUUCGUGACGAUGAUGGACUCGCAUAUUCGUCCGUACUUUUCCCCGCAGCCGGUCUUGCUAGAGAUCGACUCGUCACUAUUUGCGAAAGCAUUGGAGAGCAACGAUGCUGCGCUAGCUCAAAGGAUCCUCGUGGAAAUGGCGAUACCCCCGAUCUGCAUAUGCCGACCUUGGUACGCGCGGUUCACUGCGCUAUUUGCGGAUGCCUUUCCUGCUGAAUUUCUCCUGCGCGUCUGGGAUAUCUUUUUGUUCGAAGGGAUUUCAUUCCUUUUCCGCGUGGGAUUAGCCAUCCUUUCAAGCUGUCGCUCGUCACUCCUGCAGUGUAGAGGUCAAGAAUCACUGCUUGCUGUCCUCGCGCACCCUCCGCCGCAUUGUCUACCACCCACUCCGGACGCUUUCAUUGACCUAGCGUUCUCCGUAAAGCUUCGAGACGAGGAUAUCUAUAAACAGCGUAACAAGCUCGAGGCGCAGCUCAAGCGCCAGGUGCAAGCCCGUUCUCAGCUAUCCGCCUCCAGAGUCUCGACGCCAACCAUUUCAUUGCCGCGCAGCUGA